UCCGCAUAUAUUUUCCCCUUAGCUUUUUAAACUAAUAAAACUUUUCUCAUAAUGGGGACAUUAUCCUUACACCAAAUUGAUCACUUCUUGAUCAUCUUCUUCACCUUUGUACUCAUGGGGUUGUGCAUUUGUAGUGGAAUCAACCACGAUGUGGUUUGCAAGGAGGAGAAAAGGGCGCUGCUUUGCUUCAAGAAGGAAUCAAAAGCUCCAAUGAAUUGGGUUGAUAAAGCUGAUUGGUGUAGUAAAUGGGAAGGAGUUGUGUGCGAUAAUGUAACUGGUCAUGUCAUUGAACUCUCGUUGGGAAAUCUCUACUUUGGUCUUAAACUUGCUUCUCCUCCAAAAGGUAAACUUAGUUCAUGUUUACUUGAAUUGAAGCAAUUACGUUACUUAGAUCUUAGUGGCCUCCUUGGAUAUUUUGGCGGAUCUCCCUUCCCGAAUUUCUUAGGAUCUCUUGUAAAUUUGCAAUAUCUUGAUCUAUCCAACUUAGGAUUUCAGGGGGUCAUUCCUCAUCAACUUGGAAACCUUUCAAGCUUACACACUUUACGUUUGGAAAGUUCAUACUAUGAUAGUGGUUUCUUAAAUGUUGAUACCCUUCACUGGUUAUCAAGCCUUUCAAAUCUAGAGUAUUUGGACUUGAGCUAUGUUAAUCUUAGCAUGGCACAUAAUUGGCAAGAGGUGGUUAACACACUUCCUUUCCUACAUAAGCUUUAUCUAGAUGAUUGUUAUCUGCCUAAACCAUCAAAUUUACUCUACCACAAUAUUAGCUCUUCACUUCAAGUCCUUGAUCUUUCCUAUAAUGAAUUCAACUCUGUUAUUCCUAAAUGGAUUUUCAAUCUCAAUAACCUUGUUUCUCUUUUUUUACCAAGUUGUGGUUUUCUAAGUCCGUUUCCCGAUGGUCCUUGGAACUUGACAUCCCUUAAGACUCUCGCCAUCAGUGAUAAUGAGUUGAAUGGCUCAUUACCUAAUCAGUUGUUUGGCCUUAGUAACUUGAUAUCUCUGGAACUAAGUUUUAAUCAAUUUCAAGUUCAUAUGUCUAGUGACCCUUGGAACUUGACAUCUCUUAAAUUUCUUGAUAUCUCUCAAAAUCAAAUGAAUGACUCAUUACCAAAUCAAUUGUUUGGCCUUAGUGGAUUGAUAUCUUUGAAAAUAAGCCAAAAUCAAUUUCAGAGCCUUCUGCCAAGUUCUUCUUUGAACCUAACUUCCCUUAAAUUGUUGGAUGCUUCCAAUAACCACUUAAAUUCCCACAUACCAAAUUGGAUUUAUGGUUGCACUAAUCUAGAAGAACUUCAUCUUAGUUACAACCAAUUGCAAGGCACCAUUUCAAAUUCCAUUUCCAACUUGACUUCUUUGUCUAGCCUAGAACUUGACGAAAAUAUGCUUACUGGAGAGAUACCAACCCAAAUUGGAAAAUUGCACAAGCUGCAAGUGCUUAGUCUUUCAGGAAAUAGAUUCUAUGGGCCUCUUCCCCAGAGUUUAGGAUAUUUGUUUCCAGUGAUUGAAUAUUUGUCCAUUUCCAAUAACAUGUUGGAAGGCAUAGUGACAGAAAGUCACUUUGUUAAUCUCUCAAAGUUAAGGUAUUUAGAAGCAUCUGGCAAUAGAUUAAUCUUGAAUGUCAGUCCAAAUUGGAAACCUCCCUUCCAACUUAGUGUACUUUUGUUAAGAGGCUGGCGGCACUUGGGUUCUCAAUUUCCUGCUUGGCUACAAAGUCAACAAAGUCUUUCCGAAUUGGACAUAUCUAAUGCCGGAAUAAAGGGUGAGGUUCCCACAUGGUUUUGGAACUUUUCUUCUGAAAUCCAGUUAGUUAAUCUUUCACACAACCAGUUGCAUGGUAAAAUUCCAAAUGUCCAUUUUCAGUCAGCUAGAGAUCAUAUGGAUUCACCUAUAUUAGUGUACCUAAACUCUAAUCAAUUUGGUGGUCCAUUACCUCGUAUCUCUACCCAAAUAACUGAAUUGGACCUGUCUAGCAAUACCUUCUCAGGAGAUGUUUCUCACUUCUUAUGCCACUUCCAAAAUGUGCCAAAUGAGCUCAAAAUACUUCAUUUGGGGGGAAAUGAUUUAUCAGGGGAAAUCCCCGAAUGUUGGAUGCAUUGGCCACACUUAGAAGUCAUAAAUCUGAGCAAAAACAAACUGGAUGGAAACAUUCCAGAUUCCAUUGGGCUUUUGAAUCAAUUGAGAUCUUUGGACCUGCAUAAGAACUUGCUCUCGGGCCAUAUACAUUUGUCGUUGCAGAAUUGUACCCUCCUAUUGAAAGUAGAUUUGGGUGAAAAUAGACUUACAGGUAAGAUACCGAGAUGGUUGGGGGCUCGACUUUCAAAUUUGACAAUCUUAAGACUUCGAUCCAAUAAGUUCUAUGGUGAGUUGCCUCAGGAAUUUUGUCAUCUCACAUUCCUCCGCAUUCUUGACCUUGCAAAUAAUAAGCUCUUUGGUGUGUUACCUAAAUGUCUUCAAAAUCUCACUUCAAUGAUGUAUAAGGAGACUCAAGGUGAUUAUGGGGAGAUUGACUAUUCAGUUUUUGGUGGGGCCUUUGGUGAAAGUGCUUUAGUGACAACUAAAGGACAUGAGUACGAGUAUAAUACCCUCAUUCUAUUGCUAUUUGCUAGCAUGGAUCUUUCAAGUAAUAAUUUUGUUGGGAGCAUUCCAAUUGAGUUGACUAAUCUAGUGGCUUUGAGAUCCUUGAAUUUAUCAAGAAAUAGGUUGACAGGGAAUAUUCCUAAAGAAAUGGGAAACAUGAAUUUAUUAGAUUCCCUUGAUCUUUCUAGAAAUCAACUUUCAGGUGAAAUUCCUUCGAGCUUCUCAAAUCUGUCUGCUCUGGGUGUUUUGGACUUGUCAUAUAACAACCUAUCUGGAAAGAUACCUUCAAGUACUCAGCUUCAAAGCUUUAAUGCUUCGUGUUACAUUGGGAACAACCUCUGCGGCCUUCCACUCUCCCAAGCUUGUAGAGUUGAUGAUGGUGAAAUUCCAAAACAUGAAAAUGAUGAAGGAGAUGAUGAUUCUGAAGUGGAUUGGUUUUAUGUAAGCAUGGCCAUAGGAUUUGUGGUGGGCUUUUGGGUGACUUGUGGGUCUUUAUUUCUUGUGAGAUCUUGGAGAAAUGCAUUUUUUCAAUUUUUAGAUAAUAAGUUAAACUCCUUUAUUGUAUGGGUACGUGUUUUGUGGAAUGCUUCUAUUGUUGUUAAUAAGUGAAUGUACUGAGCUCGCUUGUAACGUAAUGGAUAUUUAUGCUAUAUAUGAUAGAUUAUGGAGUU